AUGAAAUACAAUAUAAGGAAGAACCUUAUUAUUAAAUGUGUUGCACUCAUAUUUUUCAUUUGGAUAUAUCAUAAAUACAAUGAUGAAGCUUCCGUGAACAAGGGAUUGAAACAUAUCCCUAAUGGUAGGAAUUCCUUAUGCAUUCCAGAAUAUAGGUCAUUGGCAGAGAAGGAAAAAAGAACGGGACUUUUCGACACAGAACAACAGGAUUUUUUAUUAAAACACAUGGAUAAGGGAAUGUCCAAAUAUGGCAGUUAUGAUUCCAUAUUCGUUGAUGAGUUGCCGGAAAACUCAAUUAAUUCGGAAAUUCAUAAGAAACAAUUUACUCAUAAAUAUGUUAAGGGGAAGCGAUUCAGAAAACUAUAUGCUUUUUUUGAAGAAAUAUGUGAUAUGAUUGAUAGAAUAAAUGAAAACGAAGAAGAUAGUAAAGAUUAUCUUAUAAGAAUAAUAAGAAGCACAGUUAGAAAAUGGGGUACACGAAAGGUUGCAACAGUGUGCUCAAUUCCAUUAAUUGUAAUAUUACCAAUUAUAAUUAUAACAGGCGUGCUUUCCGAAUUAUCUGCAGGCUUCUUCAUCCUAUAUGGUAUUGCUUUCACAUUCAUGUCAUACGUAUUUAUAUUCUCGAUGGCAGUUACCAUCAUUAGCCUUGUGAAAUCAUUACAGAUUAUAAGACAGCAUAGGCGCACUAAAUUUUAG